CUGAGAGCCCUGGAGCUCCAGGCGUCAAGCUCGCCGCGUGGUCAUCAUCCCAACCACAUUCUCCUUCAUCGCCCUUUUUUGAACUUUCUUUUGAAUUAUUUCACUUCUAUUCGAAUUAUCGCAGAAAUGGAGGUUCUCUUGGGUAUUACCGGCAAGGACUUCGUCAUUGUGGCCGCAUCCAAGGCGAUAAUGAGAGGUCCAACCAUCAUCAAGGCUGAGGAUGACAAGACACGGGCUCUGAACAACCACACACUGAUGGCUUUCUCAGGAGAGGCUGGUGAUACAGUGCAAUUCGCCGAAUACAUCCAAGCAAACAUCCAACUGUACACGAUGCGCAAUGAUACCGAACUGAGCACACCUGCUGUGGGCAACUUCAUCCGAGGAGAAUUGGCCCGCAGCCUGCGAUCACGAAGCCCGUACACAGUCAAUCUCCUGCUGGGAGGUGUAGACCCGGCUACCGAGAAACCUCAUCUGUAUUGGAUCGAUUAUUUGGCUUCCUUGGCCCCUGUGCCAUAUGCCGCCCACGGUUAUGCCCAAUACUACUGCCUUUCUCUCCUCGACAAACACCACAACCCUAACAUCGACCUUGAAGAAGGAAUGAAGCUCUUGGUGAUGUGCACAGAUGAGCUCAAGCGCCGACUACCAAUUGAUUACAAGGGCGUCCUUGUCAAGAUCAUCACAAAGGACGGCGUGAGAGAGGUAGACUUUGAUAACGAUAAGGUCGUUCGAGCUGCGUAA